UCAGGCCCCGUCCCCCGGAGCAGGCCGGGGCUGGGUUCAAGUCUUGGGCCGUUCCCUGUAGCCGAUAUUCUCCUGCCGCGUCGCACGCCCUGAUCUCGCCUGUCCCGGCCCCCGAGCAGGAUUUCUGAUCCCUGGGCCGGACGCGCUCUCCUGGAUGGAGCGAGGGGCAGAGCCGGGGGUCCCGGGUCCCCGGGGCGCUGAGGAGACCCCGAGAGACGCCCGCACAGGCGAUGGGCCGGCCAGCGAGGCCGAGGAGGGGGAUCCCCAGCCAGCGGGGCCACACGGGAUGGUACCGGGACGACCCCAGGAGAGUGAUCUGCCCAGCCCAGGUGUCUGCGAGCGCCGGCGGGAAAACCCUGCUGGGGAGAGAGACGCGGACCCGACUCCCCGCGGGGCAGGCGACGAGGGGCUGAACGAAUCCACGAUCCGGGCGGCGGAGACGCCCCGCAGCUCUGCCCCGGCUCCCUGCAGCUCUGCCCUGGUGCUGAACGAAUCCAUGAUCCGGGCGGCGGGGACGCCCCACAGCUCUGCCCCGGCUCCCCGCGGGGCCGGCGAGGGGCUGAACGAAUCCACAGUCCAGCCGGUGGGGACACCCCGCAGCUCUGCCCCGGCUCCCCGCAGCUCUGCCCUGGCGCUGAAUGAAUCCACGAUCCAGCCGGUGGGGAUGCCCCACAGCUCUGCCCCGGCUCCCCGCGGGGCCGGCGAGGGGCUGAACGAAUCCACGAUCCAGCUGGUGGGGAUGCCCCACAGCUCUGCCCCGGCUCCCUGCGGGGCCGGCGAGGGGCUGAACAAAUCCACGAUCCGGCCGGCAGGGACGCCCCACAGCUGUGCCCCAGCGCCCCAGCCGGGGAUCGGCGCCCCAGCGAGACCGGCCGGGCCCCCGGCCCCCGGGCGGCAGUACGCCUGUCCCGAGUGCGGCCGGGCCUUCGGGCAGAGCUCCCACCUGACGCAGCACCUGCGGAUCCACACGGGCGAGCGGCCCUACGUCUGCCCCGACUGCGGCCGGGCCUUCAGCGCCAGCUCCAACUUCCUGGCGCACCGGCGCACCCACACGGGCGAGAAGCCCUACGACUGCUCCGUGUGCGGGCGCAGCUUCCGCGCCAGCUCCACCCUGCAGCGGCACCGGCGCCUGCACACGGGCGAGCGCCCCUACCGCUGCGGGCACUGCGGCCGCGCCUUCUCCCAGAGCUCCUCGCUGGCCAAGCACCGGCGCCUGCACACGGGCGAGCGCCCCUACCGCUGCGGCCAGUGCGGGGAGGCCUUCGCCGUGCAGUCGGGGCUGGCCGCCCACCGGAGCCGGCACACGGGCGAGCGCCCCUUCGCCUGCCCCGACUGCGGCAAGGGCUUCCGGCGCAGCUCCGACCUGGUGCAGCACCAGCGCGCCCACACCGGGGAGCGGCCCUUCCGCUGCGGCCAGUGCGGCGCCGGCUUCAACCUGGCCUCCACCCUGGUCAACCACCAGCGCAGCCACACCGGGGAGCGGCCCUACCGCUGCCAGCGCUGCGGGGCCAGCUUCGCCCGCAGCUCCACCCUGGCGCGCCACCGGCGGGGCCACGGGCCCGAGGGCGCCGGGCGGCAGGAGGCAGAGCCCGGCCCCCAGAAUCAGGGCUCCUGCCCCCUGCCCCAGCAGGGCCCCCUGGGUCACAGCUCAGAGCCCCUCUCUGGCCAGGACACCCUCACCCAGCAGGGCCCCCUGCGUCACGGGUCAGCUCCUGCCCCCCGGCAGCCCCCCACGGGUCACGAGUCAGAGCCUGCCCCAGGAACCCCACGGGUCAUGGGUCAGAGCCUGCCCCCCGGCAGCCCCCCACGGGUCACGAGUCAGAUUCUGCCCCCCAGGAACCCCCCACGGGUCAUGGGGCUGAGCCUGCCCCCCGGCAGCCCCCACCGGGUCCCCAGUCAGAUCCUGCCCCCCAGGAACCCCCCACGGGUCAUGGGAGGCCCCCAGCUCGGCCCCGCCCCCAGCCCGGCGGCGCCCUACCCGUGCCUGGUGUGCGGGAAGCGGUUCUCCGCAGCUCCAACCUGGUGGCCCACCAGCGGAUCCACGGGCGACAAGCCCUUCCGGUGCCCGGAGCGGGCGCGGCUUCCUGCGCGCUCCAACCUGCGGACGCACCGGCGCCUGCACCCGGGCGAGCGCCCCUACCCCUGCCCCGAGUGUGGCAAGCGCGUCGGCGACACCUCCGUGCUGGUCAAGCACCAGCGCAUCCCCACGGGCGAGCGCCCGCACCGCUGCCCCGACUGCCCCCGCCGCUUCAGCCAGGCCUCGGACCUGGUGGCCCACCGGCGGGUGCACACGGGCGAGAAGCCCUACGUCUGCGCCGAGUGCGGGCGCGGCUUCAGCCGCAGCUCCAACCUGCUGACGCACCGGCGGCUGCACCGCGGCGAGCGCCCCUACCCCUGCCCCCCGUGCGGCAAGAGCUUCGGCCAGAGCUCCGACCUGCUGCAGCACCAGCGCACCCACGGGCGGCGCCCCGCGCCUGCGCCCAGUGCGCGCUUCCGGCACAGCUCCCACCUGACGGCCCACCUGCGGGUGCACGCGCGGGCGCGGCCGCUGUGCACGCCCGGGCGCAACCGCUGUGAGCCGGAGCCCCUGGCCCUGCCCCCCGGCUCCCACCUGCGGGUGCACGCGCGGGCGCGGCCGCUGUGA